AAGACUACUGAGCAGACUACAUGACAAGUCUAAUCAACACAGGAUUUCAGGUUGUGUGUCAAAGUCCGGUCACGAUGGACAAGCAGGAAGUCAGACAGCGGUCUAGCUCAACAGCCUCCCCCUCCAGCCUGUCCUCCAGCUCUCAUCAGCGCCGUUGGUCCAAUGAUUUUGGCCGCAGGAGCAGCUCCCCUGUCAUUAUUAUCAGGAAGAAUGUGAAGGAACCGCAGCCUCCGCAGCGGGGGGUAUCGCUUGUUAGAAGCCAGACUCCAUCUUGCCGUUCAGCGCAACGCUACUCCUAUCCAAAUACUGGGAUCCGCUCGUCGCCUUCCUGUUCUUCUCCUGUCCGGACGGCGGUCAUAACGGGCCACGAUCCUCGAGGUUGGAAGUUGCGUCCCAAAUCCUGCAUCUCCUCCAUGUUGUCUCUGCAGAUGCCACUCCCUGUCCCUAUUCCAGAUUCCAGUUCUCUACCAUCCAUCACAUCUUCACCAAUUCAACCUGACCCCAGAUUAAAAUCUAAACCUCCUCUCCAAAGCAAACCAUUCCGUCGCCAUCACUCAGACUCUUCAGCUUUGCUCAGAUCCAUGUCUUUGGUGACACUUGAGGAGCUCCGUGAUGUGCGGCUGCGUCCCACCAACCACUUGGAUGAACCGGAUGACGUCUUCGGUGAAGCAUAUGCGGAGGGAAAAGUGUCUCCUCGGUCACACAAAAUUCCACCAGCUGUUCCACAAAAAACUGCUCUGGCAAGACAAAGGGCACAACUCAUUUCUCAAUCGUGGCAACGCCAAAGGUGUGCCACACCCAAAAGUGAGCUGUACAGUAUGAUUAAGCCAAAACCUAAACUUCAACAACAGGCCAACAACCCCUGCGCCCUGCAUCCGAAAACAAAUAGUCAGCACUUCAAAGGUUGAUGAAACAAUGGUUAUGUUUGAAUGUAAACAGAUACAAUAAUAGUUACAUAUGUUCAUUUCUCUUUACUACAUGUUCGAAAAGGAGUAGGAAGAAGCAAAUCUUAUUUAAUCCUACCCCUUUUCCAAGUCAUAGCAAUUACUAACAUGCUCUGAUCUUGUAAUUCUAUCAUUUACACCAAUGAUUACAACAGCUAUCUUAAUAGUUAAGUCAGUCAUUAGUCACAUAUAAGAUGAAUAUCUCACUUUCAACAAAGUUCAAGAUGUUUAUCAAGAUUCUUCCUCCUUGUACCUUGUAAACACUUGUACAUUAA